AUGCCAAACCCAAUCAUGACGUCCGUCGACCCUCUCCGGUAUCUGCCAUUGGCCGAUGUCCUCCUUCGACCCCUUUACGAACCUGUGACUCUUCACUUGUGGAAACGAGAUGGCCAUUUGGCUCUCGACUGCCACCAAAUCGUGGACCUCUGGAAAGGAGCUGGAAGAAGAGAUUCCACCAAGUUCCAAGAGCCGACACAAGACAGGGAGAUGAGAGCCAACCGGGAAAGGUGGCUCGAAAACGCCCCUCACAACCUCGCGGCGUGCUGCCAAGCAGACCGUACCAUCACGACAGUUCACUCUCAGAGCACACCUUCCACAAACCUCUGCCCUCAUGCAACAAGCAACAUGGGGCGCUUGGAUGACCUCCCGAUGUUCGAGUUCGAUGUCCUCCUUGUUGCCAGCAAUCGACUGCUUGCUGACAUCAAUCACAGACUGCGGGAUGAGCUUCUCUUCGCCACGCGCCCUCUGACCCAUGGCCGGGACUUCAGCCCCGUUCUUGCAGCAUACCACCCGCUGACUCAAAGCGAUGACUACAAGCAGCAGAUGGACUUCAGGCAUAAUCCUGAUGACCCAAAGGACGACAGCCACGGUCUCGUCAAUUUGGGUACCAAAAAGUUCGUCAAAGCAACAAAGGAUCGCUGGGGCGACGGCGUGGCCGCUUCCGAGUUCAUCCAGCUCGGGAGCGCUGGGUAUGAGCGGCCCGACCGGUGGAUCAGGCCUGACGAGUCCGUCGUCGUCACAGUUCAGGCUUCUGCGAUCAGCCAUUCAAACAUCUCCGGCAGGGACCAGGACGUGGCGUCGGGGACGCUGCUCCACCACUACCUGACUGAGCACAGCGAGGUCACGGACGUGUUUGCGAACUAUGGGAUGACGUUCCACUCGGACGAGGAGUACCCAGUCCACCAUCACUAUCGUCUCAUGUCUGAGGGAUACCUGGAGCGGGCACUCGAGGACGACAGAGAUCUUGGCCAUCACGUUGAUGGAUGCCCUCAGACAUGCAAGCUACUCCCAGUCCGCCAUGAAUUCUACCUCAGGGCCAAGGGACGCCUCAAGGAAGCUGCUUUCCUCUUGUCCCGAGAUUCCCCAGCCAGAGGGGCCUUCGUAAAGCCGUUGCAUGAGAUGGUUGCCGUCACCAGGGAGAACUUCAAGGUCGAGAUCCGUUCUCGCAAGAAGGGCGAGAUCUGUGAGAAGAUCCUGGAGGUCCUUCUCGACGGCGCUGAGCUCCCUCCUAUCCUGGACCUCAUCAGUACGACAGUUGAGUUGGUCCCUGGGCACAGCAGCCCCGUGAACAGUAACCCGGGAGCAAGCAAUGUGCCAACAGCCUCGAGGAUACCACCCCGAGUGAUCCCGGACUCCGACGACGAGUUUGGAGGACAGAGUUCAGACGAGUACACAGCCAGCAAGCACCAACACCGGCACCAUGUCUCCGAACACAGAGCACGACGCCCUUGCUGGGAGCCCGCCACGGUCACCGACCUCUUCCAGUCCGGGUACGUUGUCAAGAUCCGUAUCACCAAGGUGAACGGGACCAAGCCGGCGGCAUUUUCAUCUCGUCUGAACCGGUUCCAGGCUUGGACCAGCGGACGCAGUGAUGUUUGGCACGAGACGGACGAGGCGGGUAAGCUGGGCAAGAAGGGCAACCAGGACAGCAAAGCUGAGGACGACGGCAAGGGCAGCGAGGUCUUUGACGGCCGGGCUGACCCCAAGUCGGCAGCUGCUCAGGGCAGCUCCUCCGGGCAGAGCUCUACCGAGUAG